AUGGAAGCCACAGGAGUUUUUGGUCGACCAAAACUUGGAUCUAGGCUCUCUAUUUGUUCUCAGACCAACGCAUUUACAGCAUGCAAACUCUCUAGCUUCCGGCUGAAAACGUCAUAUCCCAUUAAGCAUGCACAUGGUCUUGUUCCUUUGAAGGCCUCAAAGACUACUCAUCCUCUGGCUUGUGAAGGCGAGGAAGAAUAUAAUCGCAACUUCGAAAAGUUAGCCCCUUCUGAAUGGGGUCAUCAGUUCCUCUCAGCUCAUGUUGAUCUCUCGGAAAUGGAUGCGCUUAGGAUAGAAAUAGAGACACUAAAGCCAAAAGUAAGGGACAUGUUCAUGUUAUCUUCCGAGGGGAUUAAGUCGACCAAGAAGAAUAUUAUGUUCAUAUAUUUGCUUGUGAGCCUUGGUCUCGCGUAUCAUUUCGAGGAUGAGAUCGAGGAAGCUCUCAGAGAUGGUUUCCGAAAGAUGGAGGAAGAGGACAUGAUGAGUGGUGAAGAUGACUUGUACACAGUUUCCAUAGUCUUCUUGGUUUUCAGGACAUAUGGUCACAACAUUUCUUCUGAUGUAUUUAAGAAAUUCAAAGGGGACAAUGGGAAAUUCAAGGAAUGUCUUGCCAGAGAUCCUAAGGGUAUCUUGAGCUUGUAUGAAGCUGCUCACAUGGGGACGACAACAGAUUAUAUAUUGGAUGAAGCCAUGAGCUUUGCUAAGAGUCACUUGGAGGAGUUCUCGUCAGCUGCUGCAAACGGGUCAUGCAAGCGUAACCUCUCAAGGCGUAUACUAAAGGCUUUGGAUCAACCGCAGCACAAGAACAUGGAGAUCUUUGUCGCAAUGGAAUAUAUCCACUUCUACGAACAAGAACAAGACUGCGACAAGACGCUACUCAACUUUGCCAAGCUCAAUUUCAAAUUCCUACAGCUUCUUUACCUUCAAGAACUCCAAAUCCUUUCAAAAUGGUACAAGGAACAAGACUUGGAAUCUAAGUUGUCACCUUACUUCAGAGACAGAAUCGUGGAAGUACACCUCGUCACGCUAACAUACUUCGAACCAAAAUACUCGCGCGUGAGGAUUUUUUUGAGUAAGAUUUAUACGCUUCAGAUCAUUAUAGAUGAUACAUGUGACAGAUAUGCUUCUCUUUGUGAGGUUGAAAGCCUCGCAGAUACCAUCGAAAGGUGGGAUCCUGAUGAUUAUGCCAUGGAUGGACAAGCAGAUUAUUUGAAAUAUGUGGUUAAAUUUAUAUUUGAUACAUUCCAAGAGUUUGAAAGAGAAGUGGGAUCAGAAUUAGGAGGAUCUUACAUCUUGAAAGCUACAAUUGACGAGUGCAAGAGGGUGAUGAGAAACAACCUUAAACUCGCGCAAUGGGCAAGAAAGGGUCACUUGCCUAGCUUUGAUGAGUACCUAGAUGUUGCCGGAGUCGAGAUCGCUAUAUAUUUUACCUUGGCAGGUAUUCUGAUGGGUAUGGAAAGUAUCUGCAAGAAAGAAGCUCACGAGUGGUUGAAAGCUAGAGACAAACUCGUUAGAGCAUUAAUUACAAAAACACGAGUGGUGAAUGAUAUGCUUGGCUUUGAGGAUGACAUGAGCAGAGGAUAUGUCACGAACUCGAUCAACUGUUAUAAGAAACAAUAUGGAGUUACGGAAGAAGAAGCCAUUAGAAAGCUUCGUCAACUGGUUGCAUACCUUGAUAAGAUAAUGAAUGAAGAGUUCUUGAAGACAAUCAACGUGCCACGCGAAGUUCUAAAGGUAGUCAUUAUCGACACUGCACGUGCGGCGAAUGUUAGCUACGAAAAGGAUGAUGAAUUUACCCGUCCUGGUGAUCAUCUCAAGAACUACAUCAAGUCUAUGUACAUUGAUCUUUGAGGAAUUUGGUGCAUUAAACUUGCUUGCUUGUGAUCUUUUUAUGGUUAUACUGCUUGUUCUUUCUUGGAAGGUUUUUACUUUUUGUUUCCCAUAAGUCUGAGCAUUCUUCGAAAAAAAAACAAUGCUCAUCCAAACAAGUCAACGAAACACAAGUCUACAACCAAAGAACGAGUUCAUCUCCUCCAAACACUGCUUGCUAUGCCAAAAAAUAUGUGAGUGCGGCAAUAUGUCUGAAAGAACAACCCUGGUCCAGCUAACGUCGUGAACCCUCUGUCUAUCAAGAGGAGCAUGGC